ACCCAGUUUUGCCGUUAUCACAUGGCUUCACUUAAUACGAACUCUACGCAAGUAUUAGGACCGCAACAGGAUUUUUCUUGGAGCUGACCUUUUAGUAAUAAAGCCCAGAUGAUUAGCACACAGAUUAUACGUAAAGUGGACUGAAUGGGUGUGGAUUCUGAUUAUGAAGAAGUUCCUAUCAGAGCAGACAGGGACAUAGAAGCUGUGACAGACUGCAGUGCAGCUGGACUGUUGGAUAAUCUUAAAACUUGUCAAGUGGCUUUCUAACUGCCAGUGCAGUGGCGAUGGAUAUGUUCAGGAGAGUUACUGGGAAAAGCUGGUCAUCUGAGGUCAGGCUGGAUGGGAAAACGGCGAUCGUGACUGGAGCCAACACAGGCAUUGGGAAAGAGACAGCGAGGGAUCUGGCCAAAAGAGGAGCUCGGGUGAUACUGGCUUGCCGGGACAUGGAGAAGGCUGAGCUGGCAGUCAGGGAGAUUAUGAGAGACACCGGGGUUGCCGAUGUUAUUCCCAGCCAACUAGAUCUUGCAGACACCAAGUCCAUUUGCGAGUUUGCUGAGCACAUUUAUAACUCAGAAAGUUCUUUGCACUUUCUCAUCAAUAAUGCUGGCAUAGCAUUCUGUCCAUACUCAACCACUGCAGAUGGAUAUGAGAUGCAGUUUGGAGUCAACCACCUAGGCCACUUCUUCCUCACUUUCCUACUGCUGGACCUGCUGAAGCACUCAGCACCCUCCAGGGUGAUCAACCUCUCCUCCAUGAUACACAAAAUGGGCAGGAUCCACUUUGAAGACAUGAACAGUGAGAUGAGCUACCAUCCGGCCCAGGCCUACGCGCAGAGCAAGCUGGCCAACAUCCUGUUUACCCGGGAGCUGGCCAAGAAGCUGGAAGGCACGGGAGUGACGGUGUACGCUGUAAAUCCAGGCAUGGUCAACAGCGAUGCGUUCAGGCACCUGAACAACUCCAUUCAGACGUUCAUGAAGGCUUUCAGCUUCCUUCUCAGAAGGCCAGCUGAAGGAGCCUACACUACCCUGUACUGCGCACUGACUCCGGACCUGAAGUCUGGAGGAUACUACAGUAACUGCUCCCAAGCGGAAUGUUCCAGAGCUGCUAGUGAUGAUCGCACCGCCCGCAUCCUGUGGAUGGUCAGCUGCCAGAUGCUAGGGAUCCGUUGGAGAUGAGCAGGAGGCUCCCUCAGGGAUGGGGCGACUCCAGUGAUCCGCAUGCGUACAUGCUUCUCCUCCUUCCUUCAUAUAGCCUCUAUUGUGACUUAUUAUAUAAUCUUCGCUUUGCCUACUUUUAUCUGUCACCAGAAAUAAUUCAAUAAACAAUAACAUCAAUUUAUAUCAUUAAAACGAUGAUGUGAUACUCAGAUUCCUCUGAAUUGAUUACAUUUUGUGUGAUAUAGAGUAGGUGGAAUGAAAUGGGAAUGUUGAGGAAGAUGGCACAAAUUGCUGUAAGUAUAGUCUGGAAGCAUCUAUAGUCAAAUAAAUGUUACAAGACAUGAAUAUGAUAUGUAGUAGCAUGUGAGAAUAAGAUGAACAUUAUGUAACAGAAAGGAGACAUCUACAAGCCCAGAAAUUUUCACCAAAUGUGGUUAGCACUAGGAAAAUUAAUAAAUAUAUGUACACUUUG